CCUGACCAACCGACCAGCUGAACAGGCUGCGUACCUAUAUCGCUCUCUUUUGCUUCAACGAUACACUCUUCCUACGCUCUCUCCCGCGCUAUGGAACAGCAGUGGUCUAACUACAACGAAUCACCGGCCCCGAACCGCCAAUCACGGUACACUCCGCAACAAAUGACCACCCCCCAACACCCGCAGAGGGACCCAACCCUCCCCCAGCAAAACAAGCAAGACCCGUAUGCGACACCUUCAGUGCCAUCCAGAUCAGGAUCAAUGGCCCUCGCAUCCCCUGCUGGUUCGCAGAGUCGGGGACCCGAAUUUAACGAUGUUGACGGUGACGUACCCAUGGAAGACGCCGAUCCUUUCAACAAGCCCAAAUAUAGCGCAUCCCGCGCAAACCACCAACAUCGGCAUUCGCAGCAAUUAUUGCAGCAGGAAGAGAGCGCAGCUGCGCGAAGGUAUUCGCCCAUGAAUUUGUCGCCGACGUCACCAUACAGUGGAAGUACCCAACAAGGUGGGCAAAGCUACACAAGCUUCAAUCCCCAAACCCAGAGCAACAGGCAGAGCCCCUCCAAGAAUAACCCAUACAUGUCACCGCCAAAUAGUUAUUAUUCGCCUCCCGCUUCGCGACCCCACGCACCUCAGCUUCCCCCUCUCCAAUCGACUAUGAGCCCGGAGACUUUCUACCCGCAGAGCGCAACUGCACAGCUCAAUGCCGUUUAUAAUCGAGAGGCCAGAUCCCCUCGAGCCCCAAAUCCAAAUCCCCCUCAAUUGCCUUUAAUUGGGCGCGGAUUGGUGCCCAAAUUUGAGAAAUGCACCAACACUGCAGAUUUGGUGCCCAAGAUCAAUCUCCAGCCACCGUUCCGCCGUGCUGCCCCCGAUGGUGGAUUCAUAAGUCCGCUUCAAGCGCUAACGACACACUUGCCUUCCACGUACAGGAUAUGCAACCCGAGCUUCAAAUAUGAGUCCACUCGAAAUCCACGCCGAGUCCUUACAAAGCCAAGCAAGGGUGUCAAGAACGACGGGUACGACAACGAAGACAGCGAUUACAUCUUAUACGUGAACGACAUCUUGGGGUCUGAGGAGUCGGGACACAAGAACCGGUAUUUGAUUUUGGACGUUCUUGGUCAAGGUACCUUUGGACAGGUUGUCAAGUGUCAAAACUUGAAAACGCAAGAAGUCGUCGCUGUGAAGGUCAUCAAGAACAGGACUGCAUACUUCAACCAAAGUAUGAUGGAGGUUUCGGUUCUGGAUUUGUUGAACAAGCAAAUGGACAAGAACGACGAUCACCAUUUGUUAAGACUCAAGGAUACAUUCAUCCACAGGCAGCAUCUCUGCCUAGUGUUCGAGCUUCUUAGCGUGAACUUGUACGAACUUAUCAAGCAGAACCAGUUCCGAGGGCUGUCAACAACGUUAGUUCGAGUCUUUGCACAGCAGUUGAUCAAUGGGCUUGCACUGUUAGGCAAGGCAAAAUUGAUACAUUGCGAUCUCAAGCCUGAGAACAUUCUCCUCAAGAACUUAGAGAGUCCGAUUAUCAAGAUCAUCGAUUUUGGUUCAGCAUGUGACGAACGCCAGACCGUUUACACGUAUAUCCAAUCCAGAUUCUACCGGUCGCCCGAGGUCUUAUUGGGACUUCCUUAUUCUGCGGCAAUCGACAUGUGGUCACUAGGCUGCAUUGUUGUCGAAUUAUUCUUAGGACUACCCUUGUUCCCCGGUUCGUCCGAAUAUAACCAGGUUUCCAGAAUCACCGAAAUGCUCGGUCUUCCACCAUCGUGGAUGCUGGAAAUGGGAAAGCAGUCUGGAGAGUUUUUCAACAAGGAUGCUGAUGAAUACGGCCGACGGACCUACCGGUUGAAGAGCAUGGAACAGUACUCGCGUGAGCAUGGAACGAAGGAGCAACCGAGCAAGAAGUAUUUCUCCGCAACGACGCUGCCUGAUAUCAUCAAGAAUUAUCCCAUGCCGAGGAAGAACAUGAAACCGGCAGAGAUCGAACGAGAAAUGGCCAAUCGGACAUCCUUUAUCGAUUUUGCCCAAGGUCUGUUGAACCUGAAUCCGCUAGAACGAUGGACGCCCAGCCAAGCAAAGAUGCAUCCCUUUAUCACCCAACAAAAGUACACUGGUCCUUUCGUGCCCCCCAUGACCAUGCGCUCCGGUUCCAACAGAUCUCCUGCGCCCGGUGUACAAGAACAGCAGCGCUUCGAGGGAAUGAGCAAGCAGCGCGCACAAGCGCAACAACAAGCCGUUGCCCAGCAACAAGCACAGGUGCAAGCUCAGAAUGCUGCUUAUGCGAAUAUGCAAAUGAACCCAUAUGCAGCUUCUCAAGGUCAGCAUGCUCAAACGCCAAACAUGUACAACAACAUGUACAGUCCGAAUCACCAAGGUGCCCCUCCACCGUAUCCAGCACAGCCGGGCUACGGUCAGCAGAUGAACAUGAUGCAGCAACAACAAGGACGCCAAUACAAUCAACCUCAGAACCUGUAUGCUCAAGCUACUACCCGUGCAGGGCGACAGCGAGCAUCCACCAUGGAUCAACAACCAUCGGGUAUUCCCCCCGCAUUGCAGAGAGUAAUCAGUCACCUGGACCCGAACGCUCCGAUUCGAUUACAGCCUUCUCCUGCAUACUACCCCCCACCUCCUGACGGCGCGCCAGAGAGUGCAAAUGCAAGGCGGCGAGGAUCCAGGGCUGGCAACCAGCAAGGUAGAGGUCAGCGAGACUUCAUCAGGACCCUUGAAGAUCGAACGCUCGAGGAAGGGUUUAUGAACCAGUCCAACCAUUGGCAAUGAAGUGGUAGAUUCUUUUUUGGAUAAUCUUCCCCAUCAGCUGUCGGUGCUGAAAGCCAUCGCACCGACCGCUUCAACGGCUGACAUGCAACGGCCAAUCCCCAUCCCCCUUAUUCCGGCGUCAAUUACGGAUUGAUAGUUUCUUCCCGCAUGCGUACAAUGAAU